UCCUGGACGAAAAACACGUGGAGUCGUGUUGCCGGUGUUUUGAAUCUCGGACGCUACAGUCGCGGAGAGAAGAUCACUGUCACCAAGUCUCAGUCUCAAUGGAAACGAUGCUGCAGAUAUUCGUGUUAGCUGCUCUGAUUUUAAAAGGUCAAGCAGCUCUGAUACAAACACAGCUCACUGUGAUGGCAGCAGUCGGAGAUGAGGCUUGUUUGAGCUGUCAGCUGACUCCACAUAAAGAAGUUCUUCAAGUCACCUGGCAGAAACUUUCACCUGAGGCGGAGAAGGAUGUUGCCACAUCCACCAAACACUUUGGUCUUCAGGUGAACCCUGGCUUCAGAGAUAAAGUGGAGUUUAAAGAUGCUGGACUGCAGAACAGCUCCAUAGUUAUCAGGAACGUGACGGAGCAGGAUGAAAGCUGCUAUCAAUGUUCGUUCUACACCAACCCUGAAGGUGCUCUCACUGGUAGAACCUGCCUCAAAGUCUACGAGCUGCAUGAACCCGUCCUACAUGUAGAGUCAAACUCUGCUGAAGAGGCAGUUGUGUCCUGCUCGGCCACAGGUCGACCUGCUCCCACAGUAACAUUAAGAGUCCUGCGACAAGACCUCCACCUGUCAGACUACAGCUCUGUCAGUGUCACCAACACCAACAGUACAGUCACUGUCACCUCUACAGCUGUGCUGUCUGGUUUCCGUGAUGACAGCACACAGGUUGGAUGUGCAGUACGAGUGCUCUCUGGUCCUCAGAAAGAGGUGUUGAUGAUGAUUCCUGAGGUCAAACAGUCGUCUGCUGAUGGUUUUGAUGAGUUAUCUGGAUCUAAUAACCAUGAUCACAGGGGCAUAUGGAUCAGUGUAUCGUUGUUGGUGGUGUUAGUCGUCUGUGGUAUUCUUACAUUGUUCUUUCUCCGCCGUAAACGAAGAAAUCAAAACAGUCUGUCACACAGGAACGUUAAGAUGAAUGAGAUGGUUCAAGUUACAGUCAAAGACACUGAAGAGACUGAAUCUUCCAGUCUGCCACACAGGGACAAUGAGAUGAAUGAGGAGGAUGAAGCUACAGUCAAAGACACAGAAGAGACUGAAGCAUCUUCAGAUACACAGAACAAAGUUCAGAUCAGACGACGGACAUCUCCAGAGAAGGAUCAGUCAGGUGACAACUCAAAUCCAACACCGUCUUUAUCAAAGACACGAUGAAUGGAUCAGCAGUUUAAUGUGUAACUGUGAGGAGGUGAUGCAGAAGAGAGUCAAGGUCAUCUAAAGACCUGAACCCACCUGCAUCAAAGCUUCAGAGGGAAAAUAUCUGGUCAUUGUGAAACACUUGAUUAUUUAUCUCAUAUCUCUGUGAUAAGACAGUCAUGGCAGCUCCUCGGGAUAAAAAAUUUCUUUUUUUAUACGAUUUUGAUACGUUUUUAGUCUUGACACUGUACAGAGUUUUUUUUUUUUAGAGUGUGUGUGUUUUUUAGUUUGUCAUUUAUUUUUUAUAUUUUUACAUGAUCAAUAUUGCCAAAGAAGCACUGACAGGGAAAUUAAAUGAAUACUGUGUAAUUAUUGUUUUGUUUUCUAAACAUGUGCCUGUGUGAUGUUUACAAUGAUGCACUGAUAUCUACACGUUACUCUGAUGCAUGUCUUUGUAAAUAAAUAGAUUUUCUUCGC